AGAAAGUCUACUCUUUUUGCUGCUGGGUUUGCUCCCAUCCUCGGGAGAGAUAGAGAUAGAGAGAUAUGGCAACACCACCAUCAUCAUCAUCAGUGAUUUCUCAUCAUCAAAAUCCUAAGAGUGUUUUUGUGUACGGAAGUUUGUUAGCUGAUGAUGUUGUGAGAGUACUACUCAAUCGCGUUCCUCAGAAUUCUCCUGCCAUCCUCGACAAUUUUGAACGGUUUAGCAUCAAAGGGUGUGUUUAUCCUGCAAUUCUGCCAGUAGAGAACACAAAAGUCACUGGCAGGGUUCUCUUAGAUCUCACAGAUUCUGAAUUAGAUAUUUUAGAUACAUUUGAGGAUUAUGAAUAUGAGAGGAGCAUUGUUGAUAUUUCUCUAAUGGAUACUUUAAAGAUAAUGCAGACCUAUGCUUAUGUUUGGGUUAAUAAAAGUGAUCCGAACUUAUACGGGGAAUGGAAUUUUGAGGAAUGGAAGCAAUUACACAAGAAUGAUUUUCUUAAGAUGACUUGUGGUUUCAUGGAGGAGUUGGAAGGACCAGAAUCAAAGCCAAGAGUAGAACGUUAAUCCGUUGCUUUGAUGUUAUAGAUAUACUUCUUUCACUUUGUAAAUAUGUAAAACAUUAUUGUCUUGAUUGCUUUUUAGGCCCUUGCAUUAGUCCAGGCUUUCAAGUCUUGUCUUUCGGCUUGUUUCUGGUGACACUAUGUAACGUGGGCAAAAACCCAAUAUCAUCUGAAUGGGACUAGUAACAUUUUGAUGGCAUAUUAGUUCCAAUGACUGAUUUUUUUUCUUGGUA